UUAUUGUUUAAAUUUUUUAUAGAUAACUAAUAAGAAUGUAUCGAGGAGAAAGAGCUGUCGUGAACGACAUGCGAAUCUUUCGAAAAAUUAUCGAUGAAAGAUUUGCAAGUUUAAUUCGCAUGGACAUAGAAUUUAGACAAAUAUUAGAGGAUCUUGUCAUUGACCUUCAUGAAAAUCCUAAGGGUAUGAUUGAUCACUUAGUUGAACACAGAUACUUUAACGAAUUAGUUUAUGGUAUACUAAGAAUUAUGGAUCAUCAUACUCCAAUGGCUCCAAGGAUUGCUGGAAACGCAGCGUAUGUCAUUGGAGCUUUAAUUGAUUCACCCGUCGGAAAAGAAAAGGUUGUUGCGUUACUUCAAAAUGAAGAUCGAGUUGAAGAUACGCAGCAUUGUUUACCAAACCUUGCUGCUAUUAUUGAAACUGGUGAUCCUGAACCAAUGACAAAUGCAUCUGGAACUGCAUCACUUAUUUUUGAAAGUGAACAAUGUUUGAACUGGGCUUUGGAACAACCAUCUUGUGAGUGGUUUAUAUCAGUGUUAGGUCAAGCACUUGUUAAAGGUGACAUGUGGGUUGCCAGCAAUUGCGCGUUGACUCUUGCUCGAAUUUCUAUGAACAAAAAUGGGUUGGAAAAAAUUGCUAGACAUCCUGAUUUUGACGAACUAGCAAUGCAGUUAAUUGCUUCUGUAGGUGUUGACGAUGAAGGACGAGGCAUGAACGCAGCAUUUGCAUUGGGAUAUCUUUGCGAAAAUGAGGAUUUAAUUGCAAAGAUUGUGGACUAUAAAGAGUUCUGGGAUCUGAUGCAUGGUUUAAUUCAAAUGUUAAGGAGCCUUGAUGAUGGUUGUAAAAAAAACUCGGCUUUUUGUCUUAAAGCAAUUUCACAGUGGAAAAUUGGUCAACAACAAAUAAAUGAUGACCCUGAUAUCACUUAUCUUCUUGAAAUACUUACAAAACUUCUUACUGCAGGUGACGAAGAUCUUGCAAAAAUGGCUGCCAAUAUUUUGUGCAACUUGGCUCAAAUAAAAAAAGGGUAUAUGCUGCAAAAAGAUGAUGAAAAAAUUGCUGUGAAGCCAACUUUAAAACACGUGUUAUCUCAAAUGUCAAUAAGUGAAAAUUACAGAGAAGAAGCAUUUAAAGCAAUGAAAGCUUUAAUGCUAGAAAAGCCAGAGCCUCCAGUGCUUAAAGUUCUUGAUGCACAUUCAAUUCAUGCCACUUGGGAAGUUAUUUCAUCCAAAUGCAAUGCAAAUGUUCAAUAUGAAUUGCAGUGUGAUGGAGCUAAUAUUGUAUACUUGGGUCCUGACACCUCAUACACAGUUACUGGUUUGAAGGAAAAAACUUUUUAUGAGUUUACACUAAGAGCUAUUACAGAUGAAAAUGAAGAGAGCUUUACAAGCGAUCCUGUGACUGUUCAAACAUUUCGUUCAGUUUCUACACCUCCUCAAAAUUUAAGAGCAAUACAAGUUACAGCUAGCCAGGUUAAGAUAGUUUGGGAAAAACCAUUAAAGAUUAUUGGCAACCUUAAAGGCUAUCGUGUUAAAGAAACUGGAAGUUCAAUUCAUUAUGAACCUGUUUCUUUAUACUAUAUUGCCAGCAAUUUAGAAGCAGACAAAGAGUACACGUUUGAAGUUUGUGCAGUAACACAACGAGGAGAUGGAGAAGUAGCAACAGUUACUGUUAGAACACUUGGUCAUGAUUAUCAUGCACCAUCCAAACCCAGGUUGGUAUGUAUAGGUCCAAAUGAAAUUGUUUGUACAUGGGAACCACCUGCAGCAAAAAAUCUUAGAAUAAAGAAUUAUGAAGUCAUAUGUAAUGGAAAGGCUAUCUAUUUUGGAACAGUAAGAAAAUGUAUUGCAAACAGAUUAAAAGAAAACACAGUCCACACAUUUUCAGUAAUUGCAUGGACGAGUGAGGGUCGCAGAGAAAGUCUUCCAGCAACAAAAAAAACUACAGGUGGUUAUAAGAAAAAAGCAUUAAAAAAACGACCUUGGAAGAAUGAGUCAGAACUUCAAAAAUGGUUGAAAGAUGAAGAAACUGAAGAAUUAAAAUCAGAUUCAGAAGAAUCAGAUAAUGGUUCAGCACCAACAGAUGCAAAUGAUAACGAGAAUGAGGAUUCUGAAAAUCCACAAAAAACAGACAGUGAAAACGAAGAAGACAGCUCAUAAAA